GUGAGUUGGUCGUCUCUCACUUGUAAUAUUCUUAAAUAUAGUUAAUCUGCAAGAUCUAAGAUUAGUCCUUGGAGAGAACAUGUCUUUUGUCUCCUAAUCCUCCUUUAUUAUCAUCAUUAUCAUCAAUAAUCCUAAAUUUAUUCCUUUUAACAGCGAAGAGGAAGCAGAGAGUUCGUUAUAUAGAAAGGAAAAAAAACCACAGAUAAGAGCAUAGCAGAGAAGAAGAUGUAUCAAGAUCAACAACAUCCCGUUGGUGCUCCUCCUCCUCAAGGGUAUCCUCCUAAGGAAGGAUAUCCACCACAAGGAUAUCCUCCGGCAGGUUAUCCACCGCCGCAGCAGGGGUACGGUCAAGCAUAUCCGGCACAAGGCUAUCCUCCGCCGCAAUAUCCUCAAGGUCCUCCACCGCAAUAUCCUUAUCAGGGCCCUCCUCCACCGCAUUAUGGCCAGGCUCCACCAAAGGAUAAAAAGAAAAAGGAUUCAGGCUUUCUCGAAGGAUGGUGCUUUGGCUAUGCUCUGCUGUUGUUUCGUCUUGGAAGCUUGCUUUUGAUUGGCAAAAAGAAGAAAGAUAUUUGCCGUUGACCGUCUAGAGAAUGGAUGGAGCCGAAUUUUAUUGAAAUUUUAUUUUUAAAAUGUUAAGAAGGCGUGUUUGAUCAACAUUUAGAUUUCUUUUCUUCUGGUUAUGUGUGUGUGUAUAUGUGUGUUCAUCACGUUCUAUGUUUCUUUCUGUUCUUUUUUUUUUUUGUUGGUUAUGAAUUCGAAUUUGACUUCAGGUCUUGUUAAUUUUAUUUUUUAUUGACUAUUUGAUUCAAGGCAUGCUGCCCAUCUUUUGUAAUUUGUAUAUGUAAAAAUGUGUUGUCGGUACUUUUGUGUGAAAACAUUCAUGUAUUUUUUAUUAAGUAGGCCGAGAGAAACAAAAAUAAAUAUAACUCAUUUUGUUGUAAAAAAAACACUUAGUAAAAAAUUUUAAUUUAGUUAUCAAUAUUUCUUUA